AUGAAUUUCGGAGAGGCGUUCAAUCUAUACAGCAACCCCAAAGCCAAGACUCCUGCGAGUAGGAGGAAAGAAAGCAAGCGGUACCCUGGGGAAAGUAGCAGUGACCCUUCCAAGAAAAGGGCUCGAACUGAGGACCCUCCUACACAUGUACCUUCCAAGGAAAGUACUCUUCCUCCAGCUCCCGUCGACCCGACGCCCCCAGAUCCUUUCGACCCGAUUCCUCCAGCUCUUGUCAACCCAACACCUCCUGAUCAGUCAAGAAAAACUCAGGCCGAGGCAGUCCUGAACACAGCCUACAACUCGACCAAUGACAAACUGAAGAAGCUAUCAAGACAUCAGUGCAGAGUUUUGACCCUGAGUACCGGUUGGCGUUGCUCGGAGGAGACGUCUGCCAAACAUGCUGAAGAGAUUAAGGCUGUCAAGGGAAGACUCGCCGAGCAGCUCAAGGCGGUCGAGGAUAGACAUGCCCAACUGGGUGAGGAACUAAGAGUGGUGGAGGAGAGAAAUGCCAAACUGGGCGAGGAGCUGAAGCAACAUAAAGAGGCCUUGGCCAAAGUCACUGAGUCCAAAGCGAAGUACAAGGAGGCUUCGGUGAUUAAUUUCAAAGAGGCCUCCAAAAUCCAAGACGAACUAGCUAUCAGCAAGAAAGAAACUGCUGAACUGGAGGAGCGAGUCAAAUUGCUCGAAGAGACCAACGCUGGUGACUUGGAGAGGUUCAAGGAAACAACGUUGAAGUGCUUUUAUAUGUAUUGGAAAAGCAGUCCUAAGGCCAACUAUGAUUAUUUGCCAGAACAUAUGAAGUAG